AUGUCGGAGGAGACAGUGCCCAAGCCAGAGGUGGCGCCUGAGCAGCUGAAUAUCAAGGUGAAAGAUGCUGAGGGAAACGAGGUGUUCUUCAAAGUCAAGCGCACGACCAAGCUUGCGAAGCUGAAACGCGCGUAUGCCGAGCGCAUGGGCAAGCCAGAGAAUAGCGUCCGCUUCAUUUUUGAUGGUCAGCGCGUGGGCGAUGAGGACACAGCCGAGUCGCUCGAUAUGAAUGACCAAGACGAAAUUGAUGCGAUGAUCGAGCAGCUUGGCGGCUCUGCCCACGUCGUGCUCCUACGUACCUAG